CGGGUGGAUGAAAACCCAAAGGUUGAAAAACCAUUGGAAGUGAAGCCAAAAGAAGAGCCAAGCUCUAGUGUCCAAGAGAAAGGGGUGAGUAUUGUGCCGGAACUAAAACAACUUCCCCCUCAUUUAAAGUAUGUCUUCUUGGGGAAGGAUGCUUCACAUCCGGCUAUCAUAACGGGUAUGAUAUAUCUCAUUUCGGAUAGUGCAUGGGUUAGUCCGGUUCAUGUUGUGCCGAAGAAGGGAGGAAUGAUCGUGGUCCGCAAUGAUAAGAACGAGUUGAUACUGUCUCGCACCGUCACGAGGUGGCGCUUGUGCAUUGAUUAUCGAUGGUUGAAUUCGGCUACUAGAAAAGAUCAUUUCCCUUGCCUUUCAUGGACCAAAUGCGACCCGGAAGAUCAAGAAAAAACUGCUUUUAUGUGCCCAUUUGGGGUCUUUGCUUACCGAAGGAUGCCCUUUGGGUUGUGUAAUGCACCGGCAACAUUUCAACGAUGUAUGCUAGCUAUCUUCUCGGACAUGAUGGAAGACACCAUGGAGGUGUUCAUGGACGACUUCUCGAGAGAAUUGUGCUUGGACACAAGAUCUCCUCUAGAGGCAUUGAGGUUGACCAAGCCAAGAUAG